AUGGCUCCACCAUCAAUUUACGGAGAACCAAAAAUCCGCUCUGAAAAUGGAUCAGUUUUCCUUGAAGUUAUCGUAACUGGUGCUGAUCCAGCUAAGAUUCAAUGGUUCUUUGGAGCUGAUGAACUUGAAGAGAAUGAGUUUUUGAAAUUCUCUCAUAGCGAUGAAGGAGGCAACCGUACCAAAUUUGUAGCUGAAAUUAAGGUUGGUCAGAAAAUUGUGAAUUGAAAUGGGUUCCAAAAUCAGCAACCUAUUUUUCUUUUCUUUUUUAAAAUAUUCCAAACCUUCGCAUUUUGUAAUUGUUUUGUAAAAAAAAUCCAAUUUCAAAAUCAAGAGCCACAUCGAAAAGUCCAAAACACAUUUUCCGCGAUAAAAUUGGCACCAAUAAAUCACAUUAAAUGAGCUUCUUUCAGGACUUUGACAAACCGUUGGCUGGAGAGUACAAAGCUGUUUUCGCCUCGGCUGAUGGACAAAAUCACUCGACUUUUAAUGUGACUGCAGGAAGUUUGUCUAACUCGGAGAAAUGGUGAUAGAGAAGGAAUAAUUAUUUUUUGCAGAUGCCCCAGACUUCCACGAUAAACCACAUAUUGUUCAAAGAGAUAAUGGGAACGUUAUUGUUAUCAAAGUUCGCGCCAAGAGUCAUCUUGAAAUGAAAGCCGAAUGGUUCAAGGUAACUGAAUCUCUCGAUUAAUUCUGAAAUACAUUUCAAAAAUUCAGGACGAGAAGCCGGUAAAGUUCACUGACCGUGUGAAAGCUGUUGUUAAGAAAGAUGAUAAGGAUAAGGAUGGUUAUCAAUUUUUGCUCGAAAUCACCGGACCACAAAAAGACGACGAGGCAAAAUACAAAUGUGUUGUCAAGAAUUCCGAAGGUCAAAACCAACAAUCCCUCAACUUGGUCUUCGAUUAA